UAGCCGCAUCUUUAGCGCCGCCUAUAGGAGGUUGAGGAUAUCCGUCUGUGUGUUUUAUUUACAUCAUUUCGGCUUCCCUGUUAGGUGCUUGGCAGUGCGAAAGAAUGCAACAUAAUAUAAGUCAUUCAAAUCAUUGAUUUAUCAUCCAAAUCAAACGUCCGCCGCUCAAUGGAAAGCUCACGAAGAUGAGACGAUGUGCCUCUAGUCAGUAAGUGCCUUGCUUGUUUGUUGAGCGAUCAGCUAGCUGGUUAGCUAGCUAACCAAGAUACAAUAUAGGAUAGUUAGCAGUGGUCUGCUCUCUUUAAAGCCGAAAGUGAACAAAGUGCGUAUUAUAGUCGCCGCAACAAGGCGACUAUUAUACGCACUUUGUUCGUUAAGAGUCCACACUUAAGUUUAAAACUUUCCUUCGUCGGCAAGGGAAUAAGCAAUAACUUAAUAGUGUGGGUUGUUAAAACCCGACUACAUCGGGAAUGUGGUUGGCGAUCGUCACCUUUUGUCCUUUGGUAUUGUAUAAACUGCUUUGCCCGCAUAGGUCAGAGAGCACUUUGAGCACUCACACACCUGGAACAUUUUGAGACGGUUCAUGUCAAGGAGAGAGCCAGGAUUUGGACAGUAAAGUUCGAGUGAGCAGCCGUCGGGGAGUUUCAGGAUGGCUACAGCUGGGGCUGAACCACCCGGGCCGCUGGGAUCCGUCAGUAACCUAGCAGGAAACCAGAAAGUAGCCUUUUCAGAGGCACCGGGCACUAGUUCAUCACAGGCCAUGAAGAAAACGAUUGGCCAUCGUGGGAUUGACCCCACUGGGGAGACAACCUACAAAAAGACCACCUCCUCUGCUCUGAAAGGGGCUAUCCAGUUGGGCAUCACACACACAGUGGGCAGCCUGAGUCAUAAACCAGAGAGGGACGUCCUAAUGCAGGACUUCGAAGUGGUGGAAAGUAUCUUCUUUCCCAGGGAGGGCAGUAACCUGACCCCUGGGCACCACUACAGUGACUUCAGGUUCAAGACGUACGCUCCCAUCGCCUUCCGCUACUUCAGAGAGAUGUUUGGAAUCCGACCUGAUGACUACCUGUGUUCUCUGUGCAGCGAGCCACUGAUUGAGCUGUCCAACUCUGGGGCCAGUGGCUCCCUCUUCUACGUCUCCAGCGACGACGAGUUCAUCAUUAAGACUGUGCAGCACAAGGAGGCCGAGUUUCUGCAGAAAUUACUUCCUGGUUACUUCAUGAACCUGAACCAGAACAAGCGCACCUUACUGCCCAAGUUCUACGGGCUCUACUGCAUCCAAGCCGGGGGCAAGAACAUCCGGCUGGUGGUCAUGAACAAUCUGCUGCCUUGCGCUGUGCGCAUGCACCUCAAGUACGACCUGAAGGGCUCCACCUACAAGCGGCGGGCGUCGGCCAAGGAGCGCGACAAGGCCUCCCCCACGUUCAAGGACCUGGACUUAAAGCAGGAGCUGGCCGACGGCCUGCUGCUGGAGGCCGACAACUACAGCGCCGUCUGCAAGACCAUCCAGAGAGACUGCCUGCUGUUGCAGAGCUUCAAGAUCAUGGACUACAGCCUCCUGGUGGGAGUGCACAACGUGGAGCAGGCCUGCCGCGAGCGGGGCAGCCAGGUGGCCGAGUUGGGGGCGGCGUCCGGGGCCUCGGACCAGCGGCGGCCCCUGGGGCAGAAGUCCCUGUACAACACCGCCAUCGAGUCCAUCCAAGGGGAUGCCGGGGGCACGUCGUCCCAGGACACCGAGGACCAAAUGGGAGGGAUCCCAGCAUGUAACACCAAGGGAGAGAGGCUGCUCCUAUACAUUGGAAUCAUUGACAUUUUGCAGUCCUAUAGACUUGUCAAGAAGAUAGAACACUCCUGGAAAGCUCUGGUCCAUGACGGGGACACAGUGUCUGUCCACCGGCCAGGGUUCUACGCAGAGCGCUUUCAGAAGUUCAUGUGCAACAUCGUGUUCAGAAAGAACUCAACAAAGGCCUCUCCCUAUAAGAAGAGCCGCGCGGGCAUCCUGCGGAAGGGAAUGGGCGCGUUGUCGGAACCACCAUCUCCUGCGCAGGCGCCUAACUUGCUAGCUCACGUCCAGGUGGCUAGCUCGUUCGCUCACGUCCAGGCGGCUAGCUCGUUAGCCCCUGUCCAGGCGGCUAGCUCGUUAGCUCCCUUCCAGGCGGCUAGCUUAGCCCAUGUCCAGGCUGCUAGCUCGUUAGCCCCUGUCCCGGCGGCUAGCGUAGCCCAUGUCCAGGCGGAUAGCUCGUUAGCUCCCGUCCAGGCGGCUAGCAGUAGCAGCCACGGAGAGCGCCACCAGCUGGCCGCUGGCCAACAUUCCGGCAGCAGUGUGGGGGAAUCGGAGGCCGAAGUAGAGGGCGUGGCUCAGUGUUCUGGUCGGCCUGACCUGCUCCCAAAGAGCUCCGUGCCGGGCGAUGAUGAUGUCACCGGGGAGGUUGCUGGGGCUGCCACCAUCCCCUCACACCAGACCCCUCCUCUCCACGAGGACGGUAUGCGCACGUUGUCAGCGUUGUUGUUGUCGUCUUCAACGCGGGACAGUGCAGCCAGUGAGCCUAGCGCUUCCAAGAGUUUUGACUUGACGACUCUUAAAGAGUGCAACAAUGCAGAGCUCGUCGUUUCCCUCGGCGACAUGCAGCCCAGUACAACUCGUUGCUACGUGUGAUCAAGAUCAAAGGAACUAGCGUUUGCAACUAGAACAAGAACCAGAGAACAUUGGUUUGUACGGUUGAAGUCUUUUGGAGAACCAGAUGCAUCCUACGUCUGGAAGUUCUAUUGGGCUCUUGCAGGCUCCUCCUCACUGUGUUUCGGAGAUUCAUCUGACCUCUUUUGUAGGAAUUUUUCAUUCCAAGCCUUUUGAUAAUUUGCUGUAUAAUACGAAUAUGUGGGUGCCUUAGCUUUGGGUUGAAUGGAAUGAAUGCUGUUCAACUAAAGACAUGACCUUGUGUCACUGAUUACAUCAGGGGCAAAUAGGCAGAAUGUCAGAGUGGAGUAUUUGUCAUUUGAGAACAUGCCUUCCACCGUGGUUGUUCGUUCACUCAGGUUACCCUACGCGUUCCCUUUUUUAUGCUUCCGUAAGAGGAUCUAUGCAACCCCUGCACAUUCACACUUUGCGUGUGUGUCUGUGUUUGUGCGCCCAUGUAAAGGUGUGCAUGUUAGUAAGCUUCACAUCAUAUUCUGCUAAAGAAUCUCAACAGGUAUUCAAACUUGGAACGCUAAAUGGGUUAUGAAUCACAUGCUAGCCUGUUGUAAACGACACAUGUUUUUUGUGUAAAUACAAUGUCAUGCUGUUUCAUUGUAUCUGACUACUGAACGGCGCAGUAGGCUGGCCUCCCUCGGCCUACUGUGGAUGGAGAUGAUGCUGGGCAGUAUGAAUGUAUGUAUCAUUGUUAUGUUUUUAAGGGUGCAUUCUUACCCUGGGACCAUUUUCUAGACUCCCCCAGAAAUCUCAACGCAAAUGCCCAACCUUGAUAUAGACUGUAGCACACACAUUCCUUCUACAUUUGAAAUGGCUGAGUAGGGAGAUUGAUAUUAUUUUUGUUAUAGGUGUUUAUAUGCUGUAAGGUUUUAAGUGGGAUUUAAAGGUUACUUUCUGACCAAAGAAACAAUUCUGAAACGUUAACUUUAGAGGUUUUUGCCUUCUUAGAACUCGCCCACAUUGUUUUACCAACUUGUUGCAAUCAAGUGACCCACCGUAAUUUACGAAUACACAAUUCUUUUAUAUAUA